CGAUCGGCCUCGCCUCCCGGAGCUCCCCCUCGUCAGCCGAUCGAUCUCCGUACCGCGCGCAGCGGCUUCGCGGUCCCCACUGCUGCUUCCGCCGCUUCCCCCUCCGCCGCGCAGGAUGGCCGGAGCGAUGGAUCUCCCGCAGAAGGGCGGGUUCAGCUUCGACUACUGCCGGAGGAACGCCAUGCUUGCGGAGAAGGGCCUCAAGGUGCCUGGUUUCAGGAAGACCGGGACUACCAUUGUCGGCCUCGUCUUUCAGGAUGGAGUUGUUCUUGGGGCGGACACGAGGGCCACAGAGGGUCCUAUAGUUGCUGAUAAGAACUGCGAAAAAAUUCAUUACAUGGCACCAAACAUAUAUUGCUGUGGAGCAGGAACUGCUGCUGACACUGAGGCUGUAACUGAUAUGGUCAGCUCCCAGCUUCAGCUUCACCGUUAUGCAACUGGUCGUGAAUCCAGAGUGGUAACUGCCCUUACAUUACUGAAGUCACACCUUUUUAGCUACCAAGGACAUGUCAGUGCUGCCCUUGUUCUUGGUGGAGUUGAUGUUACCGGGCCACAUCUGCACACUGUUUAUCCACAUGGUUCCACGGAUACUCUUCCUUUCGCGACAAUGGGUUCUGGAUCCCUUGCCGCAAUGUCGGUGUUUGAAUCAAAUUACAAAGAAGGCCUCACAAGGGAGGAGGGAAUACAACUUGUUUCUAAUGCAAUCCGUGCCGGUAUCUUCAAUGACUUGGGCAGUGGAAGCAAUGUGGAUGUUUGCGUAAUUACUAAGGGGAAGACCGAGUACUUGAGAAACCACGAGCUACCGAAUCCAAGGACUUACAUUAGUUCGAAGGGAUACAGCUUCACCAAGGGGCAAACUGAGGUAUUGUCCACGAAGAUAACACAAUUGAAGCCGAAGGUAGAUGUCACAGAGGUCGAUGCUAUGGAGGAGUGAUAAUUAUGUGCUUAAAAUCAGAGACAAGAUUGAGAAGUGUUGCUAUCAUUCCUGUGGAAAUGCUUGAACUAAAACAGAUUGUCUUUUGUUGUACUUACUGGGGUUACCGGGCAUUUUUAUGUUGAUUUUCGACACAUUUAUGGAGGGUCGAUCUUAUAACUCAUGAUAUGUUUGCUAAACGGUGGCACUACUAUUCAUGAUGUUGCUUCGUGGAUCUAAAGGUUUAAUAGCAAA